CGCCCUCCCGCUCCCCUCCCGCCCCUCGCCCUUUAAACAGCCGCAGCAGAGGGGAGACAGGCCAUGGCCACCAUACUACGCCGCUCCAUUCUCCACCGCCACCCUUUCCACACACUCCCCUCGCUCUCUACCUCCUCGCCAGCCCCAGCCCCAGCCCCAGCCCCAACCCCAACCCCAACCCCAACUUCAACUCCAACUCCUUCUCCCUCCCGCUUCCUGCGCCACUGCAAGGACACACCCCCGGAAAGCAGCGACCACUUGCCCUUCCUCCGUUUCCCUCAAACCCGCAUCUCGACGAUUCGCAACAGCGGCCUCCGCGUCAUCACUCAGUCGUCGCUCUCGUCACGCACUGCCACUGUUGGAGUGUGGAUUGAUGCCGGCAGCCGCUAUGAGGCCCCAGGCACGAACGGCACUGCACACUUCCUGGAGCACAUGUUGUUCAAGGGGACAAGGAGGCGCACUGCCAGGGGGCUUGAGGAGGAGAUUGAGAAUAUGGGGGCGCGCCUCAAUGCCUACACUUCGAGAGAGCAGACCACGUUCUACGCCAAUGUGCUUGAGGCUGAUGUGAAUGCAGCGAUCGAUGUGCUCGCAGACAUCUUGCAGAAUUCGAGGUUCUCGGAGAAUGCCAUACUGCGGGAGCGUGCUGUUAUACUUAGGGAAAUGGAGGAGGUGCAUAGUCAAACUGAAGAACUCAUUUUUGAUCAUUUGCAUUCAGCGGCAUUCCAACAAAGUCCAUUAGGAAACACCAUUUUGGGCUUCCCCGAGAACAUCCGAACCAUAUCAAAAGUUGACCUGUUGGAGUACAUAACCACUCACUAUAGUGGUUCUAGAAUGGUCAUAUCUGCUGCUGGUGCAAUUAGACAUGAAGAUAUUGUGAAUCAAGUAAAGAGACUAUUCAAUCGCUUGAAUCCAGAUCCCACCACUGUGGCUCAGUUGGUUAGAAAAGACCCAUCUGUCUUCACUGCUGCAGAGACACGUGUGGUGAAUGAUGACAUGUCUAUUGCACAUUUUGCUGUGGCUUUCAAAGGGGCUUCAUGGACUGAUCCCUAUUCUAUUCCUUUAAUGGUAAUACAAAGUUUAUUGGGUUCAUGGAACAAAAGCGUUGGUGUUGGCAAUUGCUCUGGAUCUGAACUUGCUCGCAGAGUUGGGACACAUGACUUGGCUGAGAGUAUAAUGGCCUUUAAUACAAACUAUCAAGAUGUUGGGUUAUUUGGUAUCUAUGCUACUGCUAUGCCUGACCGGCUGGAUGAUUUGUCAAAUCUCAUGAUGCAAGAAUUUUGUAGAUUAGCAUACCGAGUUUCAGAGGACGAGCUGAUAAGAGCUCGAAAUCAGUUGAAGUCUGCCCUCAUGCUUCAUAUUGAUGGUUCCAGCUCAAUUGCAGAAAACAACGGACGCCAGUUGUUGACAUAUGGUAGGAUCGUACCAUUUGUGGAGCUGUUUGCACGGAUAGAUGCAGUAGAUGCAGAUGCAGUUAAGCAGGCGGCACAUGACUUUAUAAUUGACAAGGAUGUUGCCAUUGCUGCAUUGGGACCGAUUCAACGGUUGCCUAGUUACAACCGGUUUCGUUCUCAGACCUGCACCUUAUGAUAAUGUGUGAGACCUCCCUCCAUGAGUGGGAAUGCCAGAAUGUACGGAAGAUGCGCAUGUUAUGGCAGCCUUCAUGUAUGAAAGGUCCAUUUAAGUUGUGAGAAUGUGUUACUAUUUCCUUAAAUUAUUCUCGGCCAUAUUGAGUGCAUGGCCAUGCAAUUUUAUGCUCGAUUUGUACAAUAUGGAUAAGAGUAACUUAAACCCCUUAAGGUAGGGGUACAUAUGUUUUGUAGCUGAGUUUCUUCAUAACAGUAAAAUGAAUCUCACGAAUGCUAUAUGCCUUCAUGUUUGAUUCAAAUAAUGUUCUCACAUUAUCUGUUAA